AUGGCUGUUAAGGAAGCCCCUUCAGAAAGCCCAGCCCUUUGCACUGUGCCAGGAGCAGGGAAGAAAUUCUGAGACGGGGCCCUGCCCACAGGUUUGACACUGAAACAUCGGAACAGAUCCCCCUACAUUAGGUGAAGGGAUUUUGCAUAUGCAAUGAUUAGCUUAUCCCGAGUCAAUCCAGAAGCUGGAUGAGGGUGGGUCUGGCUCAGUCCCACCCAAGGCCUUUAAAAGAGGCCAGACCUGCGCUGGCUUCAGACACACCAGAGGCAGAGAGGGGCAAGCUCAUCCUUGCACCCGCAGCUCCCGACUCCCGUAUUCCACGGGGAAGAGGCAGUGCCAGCUCUCUGUCACCGCCGGACUAGGCUCUGCAGCUGCAGGGAGAAGACUCCCAGGAGAAAACUCAGGAGUAACCAUGCAGGAAGUGAGACAUGAAACUAAAAUUACCGGAAACUCUCAGAUAGUCAAGAAGGAAAAAGAAAAACCGGAAGCACCAUUAGGAAUAAAGCCGUGUCCGGGCCUGUCAGAGUGCUUAGUGAAAUCAUGGAGUCACCAGGAAAUCUGGAGUUUCCUGCAAGAGUGGGAAUCUCUUGAACGUGAGGUGUACUUCAAGGUGAGGAAGAAGAACUACGUAAUAGCUAAAGAAGCUGCCCGGCGUCUCAAGCAGAGGGGCAUAAAGAAGAGCUGGCAGGACUGUCUGCAGAUGCUGACAAACUUGCGGGAUCUGUACUACACCGUCCGUGAGGCCAACGAGAGGCCGAGGAGCGAGCCCUUGCCGUGCCCUUACGGAGACGCCCUGCACAGGAUCAUGGGAUACAGAUGGAAGGCCAACGUCUUCUCAGAUGUGGUUGACCUCCUGCCUCAUGAGUUCCAGCCCCCUGAGUUCCAGCCCCCCCAGUUCCAGCCCCCCCAGUUCCAGCCCCCCCAGUUCCAGCCCCCCCAGUUCCAGCCCCCCCAGUUCCAGCCCCCCCAGUUCCAGCCUCAGGCCUACGGCAUCCCUGUUCCCUUUUCGGGGCAGCUGUGGGCUCCUCCACAUGUGAUCUUCAUGGAGGAUCCUCAGGUACCCGGAUGGCAGCCCUGGAACACCAGCUUUCCAGGGCCAGCUCCAUACCUGGUCCCUGCAUUCCUCCCAGGAGUCCCCAUGCCCCAGCCGCAGUGGUCUGUCGCUACUGACUAA